CUUUAAUGAUGAGCGCUACUGUCAUUUUCCUCUGUCGAUAACUAAAUUAUUUACUCUUCACUGUUUUAUCGAUCAUGGCUCUUUAAAUCCUUGUUGACAAAUUUGAAUUCCAUAUUACCAAAUUUCUCAACAAUGGUUCUACUGAAACCAUUCUUCGUGCAAAUUGCGCGUAAAGUUGAUCUUUGCCUAAAAAGUGAGGUUAUCUUCCGACAAUGUUCAAGCAUUUCAUCAAUAAAUAAACAAAUAAGUGAAAAACAAGAAUCUCCUCGAAUUACUUUUGUUCCAAAAGAAAUUGAUGACAAUUUGCCGGAGAGAACGGAAAUAAAUUCCUUUUUUAAAAUUAAUAGAGACAAUUUUUACGAUGAUGAUUAUUUACAUGGCUUUGAAGUAAAACUACCAAAAGCUUUAGAUGAAAACACAGAAGAUGUAUCACACCUCAGCACUGAAACAGGAGCUAGUUUUAAUAUUGCAAGUUUUGCCGACAAAUCAAAAACAGUUCAAGAAUUAACGAAACUUGGUGUUGAAUUAUGGAAAUUCGAUAAGCACCUCGAAAUUGUAAAAAUGAUUGUCAAUCUUAAUUUCGAUAAAGAUGUUAAACCUUACAUUCAAUUUUUGCACGACACCGGUUUACCGGUUCAUCAAUUUGGUCCAUUUAUAACAAAAUUUCCAAAAAUUUUCCAAGAAGAUUUAGACGAUCUACAUACAAGAAUACGUUAUUUGAGAGCACAUAAUUAUAAGCCGUCUAUGAUUGCCACAAUAUUGGAAAAACAUCCUUUAUGGCUCUCAUACACUACUCAAGAAAUUGACUCAAAACUUGGAUAUUUUCAAAAUGAAUUUAAAUUAAAGGCAAAUAAUGUUCGAUUGCUUACAUUAAAAUUGCCAAAGCUGAUUAGUUACGAUAAAAUGGUUCUUGAAAAGAAAACAUUUGCCUUUAAAAAAGAAUUUGGCUUUGAACCAGAACAAGCAGCAUUAAUAUUGUUAUCUAGUCCUCGUUUAUGGACAAAGUGUUUAAAAAAUUUGAGGAAUAGUUUUGAUUAUGCACACAAUACUAUGUGUUUGAGUCACGAAAUUCUUUCUCUGCAGCCAUGUAUAUUAAAUUGCAGAAAAAGUAGACUCGAGGCACGACAUCAAUUUUUGGUUCAUAUCAAAAAAGCACAAUACGAUCCAUUAAAACCAUUGUAUGUUUCACCAAAAGACAUUGUGUCGGGAACGGAUUCAGAAUUUUGUGCAAAUAUUGCGAAAACUACAAUUCUAACGUAUAAUGAUUUUCUGAAAACUUUAUAACUUGUAAUGAAUUGUUAAUUGUAUAAAGUGUAAGUAUGUGUUAAUUUGAAUAAUAUUCUUCUUCAAUAUACUA